GUUUCCGCGGGGCUCUCGCCGUGGACGCCGGUGUCCCUUGGCCGCUCCGCCCGCUGGUCCCGCGGGUGCUGCGGGUACACGAGGGCCGGCGGCGGCCGCGCCAGCCGGAGUUUCCCGGAGAUCCGCAGGAGUCGGCGCUGGGCUUUGGGCUCCGCUGUCGCUGCCAUCGGCGGGGAGCAUCCUUCAGAGAGCCCGCCCCGAGCCCAGGAAAAGCAAAAUGAAGGAACUAGUGUCAAACAGUACAACCAGUAUUUCUCAAGCCAGGAAAGCUGUGGAGCAAUUAAAAAUGGAAGCAUACAUGGAUAGAAUGAAGGUAUCCAAGGCUGCAGCAGAUUUAUUGGCAUAUUGUGAUGCACACAUUGGAGAAGAUCCCCUUAUUAUUCCUGUACCUGCAUCUGAAAAUCCCUUUAGGGAGAAGAAACUCUUUUGUACUAUCCUUUGAGUCAGUUUUCAAUUAAAAAUGUCAUCUGCUAAAACUUGGUAUCAGUGUUGCAUGCUUUUAGCAUUUUUUCCUUCAGAUGUCAAUACUUACCCCUUAACUACAAUAUUUUUCAAAGGUAGUGCAAUUUCUGCUAAAACCCCCCCUAAAAUUAAAAAGAAAAGCCCUUAAAAUUCAACGUAAUGCUUGUCUUUCAGAGCAAUGUACAAGUUUAACUUCAGUUCUUCAUAAAUAUUCUUUUGGUCUUAAUGAAAAUAUCAAGUACAGUAUCAAAUUGUAGAUAUCUUUGCCAGUCAUAGAUUUUUCUGGGACCUAAAUGAGUCAUACCAAUUCUUGAAGCUAUUUUUAACAUUCUUAUUUUCUUUGGAAGGUGAAUUCAGUUCAAUUGCCUUUACAAAUUUCUGUCUAAAGAGAGUAGUGUGACCUUUUCCUCAAGUAGCACUAUUGAGGAAAAAGUCCCAGUGAUUUAUGAUGUUUAGAAUGAUUGGUCUUAUACAGUAAGUGGUGUCUAUAAACGUGUUUUUUGAAGACUCUAAGAAACUUGACUACAAAACCAAUCCUAGUAAAGUGCCAUUGUAGCUACAAGCAGAAUGAAGAUGUAUAGUCACACACGAGGAUUGCAUCAAUAAAACUGUAAAAAAAUGUG